CGGAGUUUACGUCACUGCCUGAGAACAGCGUUGCGUUAGUUCCGUAGUUACCAUAACAACCGAACCAUAUACGGAAGUAAUCACGCAGCGGACGAUACAAACCAGCGAAUAAGCACCCUAACGAAGAAGAUGGCAAGUCCGCGAACAUCCGAGCAGCCCCCGCCUCAUAUUGAUCCCACACAGGCGCCGAUGGCCUUCGGUAGCUGGGCGAUCCCGAGGCUGCUGCUGGAGCUGCAGGACGCGGAGCGGUUCACCCGACAGAGGGCGCUCGCGGCACUCUGCGACCUCGUGCACGACCACGAGCGGGCCUAUGACGCUAUCCUCAGCGGGUGUAUGGAAAGACUUAAAGUUUUGCUGCAAGACGAAGAUGACUUAGUCAGGGUCAAAACCACUGAAGUGCUUUAUGUGCUUGCUUCACACAGCUUGGGGAGAGAUGCCUUUUUGAAACUUGACAUUGUUGGUCCCCUCACAAGCCUGAUUGAGGACCCUGUGAAUGCCUGUCGUAAAAACGUGCACCAAGCACUCAACCGGAUCGCCGAAUUUCCUUCAGGAGCAGUGUUCAUGGUGUCUAUGGGGCUAGUGCCUAAACUGGUGCUGAAGGUCUCUGAUGAAGAAGAGAGCAUCCGUGCUUUAAUUCUCUCCACACUGGGCUGCUGUGUGAGUGUGAACGCCCUUCCUGCGCUGGAGAGUGAUGCGGUUCCUGUCCUGAGAGACCAGCUCUCUCACCCCUCCCCUGCCAUCCGCCGGGCAGCCUCCUCUGCUUUAGUGGGAAUCAGUGUGCCUGCAGAUGGGAAGAUGAAGGUGUGUGAGGAGCAUCUUCUGCCCAUAUUAGUCAAGCUGCUGGCGGAUGAUGACCGAGGAGUUGUCGCUAAUGCUGCAGGAACCAUUAUGAACACGGCUGUUAUCACUAAGGGUAAGAGCGAGGCUCUGGACGCAGGUGCCAUUGCUCCGCUGCUGCAGCUGGUGGUGAGUGAGAAUACAGCGGUGUGUGCCAAUGCCCUCCGUGCCCUUACAGUCCUGGCAGAGGUUCCUAGGGCCCGGGCCCAGCUGCUGGAGCAUGUGCCUCUGCUGAAGACCAGACGAACACACCCCAACACCAUCAUCCAGAGAGCUGCAUCCACGGCCAUUGAAGUCAUCUCCUGGAGACCAUGAGAGAAACAAGAGCUCUCCUCAUACCAAGAAAAGAAGGAAUUAGCCAUACAAAACACACUCAUUUUAUAAAGGAAAAUAAAGUUAGAAGAACAGAAUAAUAUUAAGAAUUCUGAUGCAUGUGACGUUGUUUGUUUAGAAUGCAAAAUCUGUUACAGAUAAGCAGCGCUGCAACUAUUCCAACUUGCGUACGUGACUGAAACGUUUCAUAAAUGUUCAUUAAUAUAGUAUAAACGUGAUAAACGUAUACUGAAAGGCAAGCUAUGUGGUUUUGUUUUGGUGUGGUUUAAUCCCGCUCCAGUGUGAAUGUGCAGUGUCAUGUUUUAGUUAAACCCCUCGGUGCGGGGAAUGGAUUGAACCAGCGGUCAACGGCAGCGAGCGCGUUCUCGCUAUCUGUCACACGACAUGCGGAGUCACGACAGAUAAAUAUUUGUGGCUGCUAUUUGGCAAACAGUCCGAGCGAAUACAGGACACGCGCUGAGUUUGGUUUGCUCGCUCCUGGAGUCAUAUUUGUUUUUGAGGAAUUAAGCGGGAGGAUUAUAUCGCGGGUGGAGGCUGUGUAUUUUGGGAUCAUAUUUGCUGGAUAGGACUGGUGUAGGGCGAGGAGCCCUGUAGAUGUGUGUCAUGAAGCUUCUCACCGCCUGAGGUAAG